CUGUACCGCGCCGCCUUCACGUUCUACUUCAAAAUCAGCGUGGUUUGUCGUUUGCAUAUACCCCAUGUGGUUUAUAUAAAUUCUAUCAUCACUAGUACAUGUUGUGUGUUAAUUAUAGAAUUCACGUUAACAUAAUCAGAUUAUACAUUUAGGAAGGAAAAGUUUUCAGCCACAAAAAUGACUGAGGAAAAAGAAAUUUCAACUGAGAGCAAUGGACAAGAGAACAAUGAAAACGGAAAUAGCGAGACAACGUCGGAUUUGGAAAAUUCUAUCAUUCGCCAGAUGGAGUAUUACUUUGGUGAUGUCAACUUACCAAGAGAUAAGUUCCUCAAAGAGCAAGUAAACCUCGAUGAUGGAUGGGUGCCAUUGGACGUCAUGUUAAAGUUCAACCGUCUCUCCAAACUGACCACAGAUCAUGAAGUUAUUGUCAAUGCUAUUAAUAAAUCAACAUCGGGCUUGUUGGAGGUAUCAGAAGACAACAAAAAAGUCCGCAGGAACCCAGAGAUGCCGCUCCCAGAGAUGAACGAAGAAAGACGCAAGGAACUCACAGCUCGCACAAUCUACGCCAAAGGCUUUCCAAAGGACUCCACGCUCGAUGACAUCCUGCAAUUCUUCAAGCAAUACGAUCUGGUUGAGAAUGUUAUUAUGAGGCGCUAUCAAGAUAAGCAGAGCAAGAAGAAACUGUUCAAGGGUUCCGUGUUUGCUACUUUCAAGACUAAGGAACAGGCAACAAAAUUCCUAGAGAACAAAGGCCUAAAAUACAAGGACACAGAAUUACUGCUUCUGUGGCAAGAGAACUAUGUUCAGCAGAAACAAGAGGAAUAUGCCGCUCUCAAGGAAAAGAAACAAAAGAGGGGUCAGCAAAAGGAGGGUAAUGAAGAAAAAGACACCUUCAAGUUACCAACUGGUACAGUACUGUUCUUCAAUGAGGGUAAUGAGACGCUCACCAGAGAGAAGAUCAAGGAUGCUCUAACAGAAUUAGGCGCCGAAGUCGCAUACAUAGACUUCAAGGCUGGCGACACACAGGGCUGGGUGCGGAUGACAAAAGAAAACGCGGGAAAAGAGUUGGCGGAAAAAUUAACCGACGGAAAAGUGAAAAUUGAUGAUGCUGAACUUGUUUUCAAACUAUUAGAAGGUGAUGAAGAAACUGCAUACUUAGAAAAGACGGUCGAAGAAAUGAGUAAAAGACGUAAAAACAUGAAAAACUUUAAGGGAAAUAACAGGGGUAAAAACUUUAAGGGUAAGGGAAGGAAAAGGAAACAGGGUAACCAUGAUGACGGGCCGCCAGCAAAGGUGUCCGCGAAAAGUUAAUAAUGCAUGUAGAUGUAUAAACUGUUGAUUUGUGUUUGCUUAUGAUUGUAUGACAGUGAAACAACGGUGCUUCAAAAUAGAAUGCACUUAUCGUCUCAGAGAAAUUGCCUAAAAUUAAAACGACAGAUAUUUGAUUGUAUCAUUAACAAAAUUAAAUAAUUUCAGGUAUGAAACGGGAUGUCGUAACAUUCCUAUGUUGUUAGAAUUUGUUUUGCUUAUGAGUGGUUGUUUUUUAACUUUAAAAUUGGUUAUAUUAGAAAAAAAAGCAAUUUAUCGUAAGCAAAAUGAAUUAUAUUCCAAUGUAGUUCUUAUAUUUGCGAAACAACUGUGAAAUAAACACUAUCAAAUAUAUAAAACUAUUGAUUGACUAUUUGAAUUAAUAUGACUGUUUUCUUUAUAUCGAUAGGUCGCAAGUUAAGCGAUAUUUAUAAGGUAUUAAAUACUUAUGUAUGUACAAUACUACAACUAUUCAAGUUUAACUUUUGUAUUUUAAGAGCUAAAUAAAGUUAUUUUC